AUGAGGUGGAUUUUACUUCAAGGGAUGCCUACACGUCUUCAUGAUGAAAGCGAGAAUUAUUUGUUGAAUAUGUGUAAUAUUCUUGGAUUUUUUAAAUAUACUUUAAAGAAUAUCCCUGAUGUUCAAAAGGUUGUGUUGGAAAAUGCUCCGGGUAACUUUCUAAUGCUAGCUCCUUUAAUUCAAAAGGAUAUCAUCAAUGUUUGUGCAAAAGAGACAACUAAAGCCAUCAUUGAAGAACUUGGUGAUGGAAUUUUUUCUAUCCUUGUCGAUGUGUGUGCAGAUUUAUGUGAUAAAGAUCAAAUGACUCUCUUUUUGCGGUAUAUCAGUAAGAAAGGAGAAAUAAUAGAGCGUUUUCUUGGUAUUGUGUAUGUUCCCGAUACUAAUUCUUUGACAUUGAAAGCUACAACCGAGUCAUUGCUUAUGGAGCACUCUCUAAGUCUGUCUAGAGUUCGAGGUCAAUGUUACAAUGGUGCUGGGAAAAUGCAAGAUGCAAUUCAUGACAUCAAAACUUUAAUCAUGAGGGAAUCUCCAUCAGCGUAUUAUGUUCAUUGUUUUUCUCACCAACUUCAGCUAACUCUAGCUGUUGUUGCUAAAAAGAAUGCUGAUUGUAAUUGGUUGUUUGUUGAUGUACUUACCACAUUGGUGAAUUAUGUGGAUGGUUCACCCGAGCGGAAAUAA